UUGUACAGGAAAUCAUCAUCCAGGGACCUGCCGGAGACCACAAGAAAACAUGGGGAGGAUUUUCCUCACAGAAGAAAAAGCCAAUUCAGUAUUAAAACGCUACCCAAGAGCUAAUGGACUUUUUGAAGAAAUAAGACAGGGCAACAUUGAGCGUGAAUGCAAAGAAGAAGUCUGCACAUUUGAAGAAGCAAGAGAAGCUUUUGAGAAUAAUGAAAAAACUAAAGAGUUUUGGAACACCUACACAAAAGCGCAACAAGGAGAGAGUAACAGAGGAAGUGACUGGUUUCAAUUUUACCUUACCUUUCCAUUAAUCUUUGGCCUCUUCAUUAUUCUCCUUGUCAUUUUCCUAAUUUGGAGAUGCUUCCUAAGAAACAAAACUCGUAGACAGACAGUAACUGAAGGCCACAUUCCUUUCCCUCAGCACCUUAAUAUUAUCACUCCGCCUCCCCCACCAGAUGAAGUGUUUGAUAGCAGUGGAUUGUCACCAGGCUUUCUGGAAUAUGUAGUUGGGCGCUCAGAUUCUGUCUCCACUCGCCUGUCCAACUGUGACCCCCCACCAACCUAUGAGGAAGCCACUGGCCAGGUGAACCUGCGGAGAAGUGAAACAGAACCUCAUUUAGACCCACCCCCGGAGUAUGAAGAUAUCAUCAACUCCAACUCAGCCAGUGCCAUUGCUAUGGUGCCUGUGGUCACCACCAUCAAAUGAAACUGCAGACUUCUUUUUACUAUAAUCGUUUUUAAAAUACUAAUGAAAGAACUUUCUAGCACUUUACCACUACAUAAAUGUGCAUUGACUUAUUUUAUUGGCCUCUGACAGCAUACCACUUUACAUUUUCUGAUUUGAUUUUCAUUAAUUUUGUUUCCUACUAUAAAGUUAUUAUCCAUGCUCAUUUUUGCUAAUGGAAAUAUGUUAAGAGGGAAAAACAUACUAGUGGAGCUCUUCAUGUGAUGAGAUAUAUAU